GGUGAGUUAGGGUGACUGGGGAGGAACAGAAUAGGGCAGAGGCUGGCCAUGACACAUGAGGGAGUAAAAUGUAGAAGCCUAAUCUCUAUCAAUCUCAGGCCUGCUAUCAGCAUAAAAUAAUAAGCACUUAAUCCAGCACAGUGAAAGAACAAUAAAUCCAGCCGCGCCGUGAUUUGGGUCUCUCUAACACCACAACAGUCUCAGAAGCAUGGAGUACAAACUUGCAAGUGACAGUGUUGACUAGUACUCGUGCUCGCUGGAAAAACCCCCAGUCCCCUGUUCAGUUGCUUCAUAUCAGUACACAGAUGGGCGCCCUGAGGGAGUAUCUGUUGAGUACACUCUAUUUACAGAGCGGGCCCCUGGUAAUAGCCGAAGCUGCAUUAACCCCUUCGGUGCCGUUUGCUUGUGCAUGUGCGCAUAAUUGCCUCUCGCAACAAUUACGGUCUGGAGCAGCUGCGGCUGCGGCUGCGGGGGUGGAGCUGGCGGAAGCCAUAAUGCGGCGGCGCUUCUUCCCCUCCCUCAUCACCACGGAGGCGUGGGAGGGCUUCACCUUCGCCGACCUCGAGAUCCGCAUCAAGGAGUCCACCGACUGCUACGGAGCCAUGCUGUGGCCCUCGGCUCUGGUGCUCUGUCACUUCCUGGACACAAACCAAGACGAAUACAACUUAACUGACAAGAAUGUCAUUGAGCUGGGUGCCGGAACUGGACUUGUAACCACUGUGGCCAGCCUGCUGGGGGCAAAGGUCACUUCCACUGACCUCCCAGAUGUACUGGGGAACCUUCAGUACAACGUCAGCCGUAACACUAGGGGGCGCUGCAAGCACACGCCGCAGGUGACUAAGCUCAUCUGGGGACAGGACCUGGAGGAGCGGUUCCCCCGCGCUUCCUGUCACUUUGACUACAUCCUGGCGGCGGACGUGGUGUAUGCGCACCCUUAUCUCAACGAGCUGAUGGACACGUUCGAGCACCUGUGCCAGGACCAGACGGUGAUUCUGUGGGCAAUGCGAUUUCGCCUGGAUCCCGAGAACAGCUUUGUGGAGCGCUUCCAGCAACACUUCCACUUGGAGCUCAUCUACGACUUGCCCAGCCUCAGCAUAAAGCUGUAUCGAGCCAACAGGAAGGGGAGGAGCUUAAAGAUCAGCUCAGGUGCUGCUGCCUGAAUCACUCCCAGGAAGAGGAGAAACCACAGCAUCGUAGCCUUUUAUCUAAAGGGUAACCAUCAGCAAUGUAUUAUUUAAUGACAGUACUGCAUAUAACCAUGUUGAAAAGCCCUUAGUAUUAACACCCUAAAUCAGAAGGUGAUUUUAAUACCCAAUUCAAUCUACUCCUCAUACAAAUCACAGAAAGUGCAGCAAAGUAAUUUGAAGAGAUGGUGAACCUCUAUUCUCUGCAAAUCACUUUGUUGACAGUUGCUUGAAAACACAAAAUUGUAAAACACUUAAAUGCAUAAAUACAAUCACCAAAGAUGAGCUGAGGUUUAGGUAGUGUUCUGUAUUCUUGGAUUUCACCAAAUGGGAUAAAAAAAGAUUUAUAAAGGAUAAUUUUGUAUUUCCUGAUUUGCACUUGGGAGAGUGCAGAUGAGCAUGUGCUCUCCUCCUAAGCACAUGAUGUCACGGUAAUAAGGGGUUCUCAUCACAUUGCAGUUCACAAGCUGGGCUCACACAGACAGGAGUCAGAGGAAGACCCUUCAUAUGCGGCUCAACAGGCAGGCUUCCAAUCAACCAGUAGGAGCCGCUAGCGAGCAAUGAGUCACUGUAUUCCUGGCUGACAGAAACCCUCCUACCCCGGACAACACAGGAGUCAACUGUACAGCACCAUCCCAUGGGGCUGCCUGUGCUGGUUCGGAUUCGGUUCUGGAUUCAGACUGUGGGGCCCAUCCGCACGCCAUAACGGUCCCAUAACAGCACGAGCCAUCCAGAAAAUCCUUACACAAGUUUACAGGUCACUGGCCACACUGUGUGUGUGUGUGUGUGUGUGUGUGUGUGUGCGUGUUGGUGAUGCAUGUGCAUAUACUGAAUCUGUUUAAUCUCAAGAAAAAUGUACUAUGUUGUAUAUUUUUAAACUUGGAAUGAAUAGACCUGCCUGUG